GCUCUGGACUGCUUCGUGCAGAUGCCAGUCUCUAGGGACAUGAUUGCAUAUCUUGCUCGAAAGGCCUCCCAAGUUAUUCGAUGCGAGGCUCGUCCAGAGACCCGCAAGCAACUACCUCCUACUCCUCCCUCCAGUCCACCCCAGCGUUCGUCACAUGUACAGGAUUCGAUAUUACCUUCCGUCGAGGCAUUCAUCACAUCACUGGUUGAGCGGUCACAUGUACAGGUACCAACUCUGAUGACCUCGCUGGUCUACCUGAGCAGACUACAAGCCCGUCUUCCUUCGGUUGCAAAGGGCAUGCAAUGUACCGUUCACCGGAUAUUCCUCGCCUCUUUGAUCCUGGCCGCCAAAAAUCUCAACGACUCUUCCCCCAAGAACAAGCACUGGGCCCGCUACACUUCAGUGCGUGGAUACGAAAACUUUGGCUUCUCAAUCACCGAAGUCAACCUGAUGGAGAGGCAGCUCCUCCACCUUCUGGAAUGGGACCUCCGGAUCAAUCCUGAAGAUCUUUACAUACACCUCGAGCCGUUCUUGGCGCCUAUCCGU